AUGCCCACAAGCCCAAGCGUGCCAUCGGCGCCGGUGCCGAUGACGACACGCCGAAGCGCUGCGCCCGAGAGCAACAAGGAGGCGCAUAUCGCGUCGCUAAGCCCUCUCGACACUGCGGGUGCCAACGACGAUGUCCCGACGGCCGAGGUUCCGCUGCCAACGGCCGAGGCCGCGCCGCGCGUGUCGCCGACGCACCCGCUUCUGCGCAAGUCGUCGUCCAACUUUGGCCGCGAGAAGAUCCUCGGGCGGUACACGGUCACGGACGCCAACCUCAUGUGCAGUGAGAUCCUCGACCAAAUGAAUGCCAAGCUGAGCGGCAGCAUGGCCGACGCCAAGCCGCCAGUUGCCAUCAACUGGGACGAUGUCGCGGCCAAGAUGGCGUCCAAGCACAAGUUGCAGUGGCGGCCUCGCGCUUGCCAAGAGCUCUGGAAGUUUCUUGCGUACGAAGACGCGCCGGCGCAUGGAAUGGACCUCUCCGGCGCCGCAUCUGACAGCGACGACGAUGCGCUCGCGCCCGACUCGGACGUCGAGGACCUCGGCGCAACGGCCGAGAUCUUGGAGAACAAGCGCGCAGCUUUCAAGCUCAACGACAAGACCGAGAAGAUCCAGCCGACGAUGCAAACCAAGGGCCUCUUCGAGACCGUGGGCGCCAAGCCCCGUGUGACGCCGUCGCCCAAGCCCGCCAAACCGACGCCGGACGCCGAGCCGCUGCGCUUGUACCCGACGUACCACCCCAACGGGUACGAGAAGCGACCCCGGGCUGAGACAGAGGAGGCCAAGGGCAGCUAUGGGCCCCUGCAUGUGGUCGCAGAGCAGUUCCUCAAGCGUCGCAAGCUCGAGACAUUUGCCGCGCAGAAGAGCACGAUGCCUGUGAAGCAGCUGUUGUCGCUGCCGCCUCAGGUGCCGCCGCGGCCCGUGCCUGCGUCCGGCGCGUUUGACUAUUUCAAGGACCUCUACGUCGAGCGCACAGUGACCGAUAUCCACGUUCUGCAGCAGCUCUUCCAGGGUGCAUCGCCCGCCGUUUUGGCCAAGUGCCAGCAACUUGCUAUGCAGGACCUCGAGCGCUUCCAGCGCGAGUGCCUACGCUAUCGCUUGUAUGAGAAAGCGCGGCUCACGACGGGGUCGCCGCAGAACCUCCAACACCAAGAACAAGAACAGCGCCAACAGCAACAACAGCUGCACAAACAGCAGCAGCAACAGCAGCAGCAACAGCAACAACACCAUUCGCUCCAACAACAACAGUACCAUCAGCAGCAUCCGAAUCAGCAGCAAGCUUUGCAAAAGCCGGCCCCGUCAAAGCACCCAGCGCACAAGCAGCCGGCAUCGAGAAAACAAUCUCCAAAGCACCCAGCGCCCAAGCAAGGCCCACCGCAGCACCAGUACGCACAGCAUGCUCCGUACCCCCAGCAACAACUGCAGCAGCGCCAGGCGCAGUACGCGCAGCACCAGCGCGGACACCAUCCGCACUCGCAGCCAGUAUCUCAACCUGGUCAGCACCAAACAGCACUCCACUACCAACACCAACUGCUUCAGCAACAGCAGCAACAACAGCCGCAACAACCGCAGCAGCAACAACCGCAGCAGCAACAACCACAACGAUUCGGCAACCCUGGUGCUUGA